CCAGCUGGGUGCAUGCGAGGAGCAGCCGCCGCCGCUCACUGUGCUCCGCUUCUCCCAGCAGCAGCAGCAGCUCGGUGUCCCCCGGCGAAGCUCUCGUGCUCCCGUGUCCGCGCUGCCAGGUACCGCUGCCGUUAUCCACGGCGACGUGCACGCACACCCACAGGCAGCUCCCGCUCCUGGCAAUUCGCUCCUCUGGAAGCGCUCCCCGGUUACCAUCACAGCGGAGCAUCUCCUCCUCCCCACUGCCCGUGAGCACCCAGGCGAGCUCUAAUCCCUGCAGACCGCGGGAGCCGAGCAGAGGCAGCAGCAGACAGAAGUUCCCUUGUUUGGCUGACUUGGCGUCCCUUGCGUCCACUCUGGAGGAGAUGGGUCGCAAGGAAGAGGAUGACAGCAGCUCCUGGAAGAAGCAGACGAACAACAUCCGAAAAACAUUCAUUUUCAUGGAGGCCCUGGGAUCAGGUGCCUUUUCUGAAGUUUUCCUAGUGAAGAAAAGAAGCACUGGCAAGCUCUUUGCUCUGAAAUGCAUCAAGAAGUCUCCUCUCACAAGGGACAGCAGCUUGGAGAAUGAAAUAGCAGUGCUGAAAAAAAUAAAGCAUGAAAACAUCGUGACUUUAGAAGAUAUUUAUGAGAGCACAACCCACUUCUACCUGGUCAUGCAGCUGGUAUCUGGGGGAGAGCUCUUUGACCGCAUUUUGGAACGAGGAGUUUACACCGAGAAGGAUGCAAGUGUGGUGAUCCACCAGGUCCUGACAGCCGUGAAGUACCUCCAUGAAAACGGGAUAGUUCACCGGGACUUGAAGCCUGAAAACCUUCUUUACCUUACUCCUGAAGAGAACUCCAAAAUCAUGAUCACGGACUUUGGCUUGUCUAAAAUGGAACAGAACGGCAUCAUGUCCACUGCCUGUGGGACUCCGGGAUAUGUUGCCCCUGAAGUCCUCGCCCAGAAGCCAUACAGCAAAGCCGUAGACUGCUGGUCCAUCGGAGUCAUUACCUAUAUCCUGCUGUGUGGGUAUCCUCCUUUCUACGAAGAGACUGAAUCCAAACUGUUUGAAAAGAUUAAGGAAGGCUACUAUGAGUUUGAGUCUCCGUUUUGGGAUGAUAUCUCCGCAUCAGCCAAGGAUUUCAUCAGACAUUUACUGGAGAAGAACCCCAGCACGAGGUUUACCUGUGAGGAAGCCCUGCGGCACCCAUGGAUUAAUGGAAAUACAGCCCUCCACCGUGACAUAUACCCAUCUGUCAGUGCUCAGAUCCAGAAAAACUUUGCAAAGAGCAAAUGGAGGCAAGCCUUCAACGCCGCCGCCGUUGUGCACCACAUGAGGAAGCUCCACAUGAGCGUUCACGCAGCGGCCGAAAGCCCCCUCUCCGAUUCACAAGCCUCAGAGGCAUCCAGACCCAGCACACCCAUGGCAGCCACCCGGCCAGCGACACCAGAGGAAGACAAGGAGACGUCAGUGCCUCCGGACCCCUCUCAGGGCUGUCCAAACCCUCCUGUUCAGCUGGAGCAAGACACAAGAAUGAGAGGGGAGAAGCCGCAAAGCCCCUCGGAGACCGGACCCACCGUCCAGCGCACCGGCAGCAGCCUGGUCCUGCCCGACAACCACAGCCCACCAAGCAGAACCUCCUGUGGCUGCGGUCCUGCCUGCAUGGGGCACGAGAAAACGAAGACAUCUUUCUGCUCCGAGACGGUGCUGCUUAAAAAGUCUGCAAAAUCCCAUCAUUUCAAAUCAGAAGUCCUCGUUCCCAUGAAAACCAGUAAACACUCUUCUCACUGUGGCACUGGCCAAACUGGGGUUUGCCUGAUCAUGUGAGGAGGAGGCAGGCACUGGGCUCCCCACAUCACCAGCGAGCACAUUUUGAAGGUAGCAGCCUAGUGAAAUAAAGUUCAAUCCUCAACUGAAAUCCUGUCUCUUGCAGAAACAGAAGGGCUGUUUUACUCUUUUCUGCACUUCAAAGCCAGACAUCAACAGUGCAAGCAAGAAAGGAGGCUGUGUCCCGCCGGGAAGCAGCAUCUCAGAGAGCAGCGACCAACUGGUGACGAGCAGCACAUUAGUCCCAGGAAUCCAUCAGUGCAGUGACCUCGGGGUGUUUAUGGAUCAUUAAAGCUGGGAGAAGGCAAGGGAAAGUCUGAGGCUACUGCUAGCGUAUUCAGUGUACAUUAUCCAUACGACAUCGCUCAGUGCUGUAAGCUUUUGUUUUCGGUAUACUGUUUAGUUGUCCAACGCGUAAUAAGUGCACUGCACAAUGUAAAUCCUAUAAACCGAAGCCAUGCAGAGCUUUACUCAGUGGCAGGUCAUUUUUACAAUCUUCAGCCUAUCCACAUCUUGGAUUUUGGAUAGCCCCAGGCUUUGGCACUCAGAAGCUCGGCAUCCACCAGCUGCCCGGGCUGCACGGUUCUCACUUCAGCUACAAAAGGAGAGCUACAACCUGCUAGCAAUCUCCAUAUGUCUGAUAAUAAUCACAGAAAGGUUUAAGUUCCCUGCUUCCAAGUCUGUAAUUGCACAAUAAAUACUUGCUUAAUAAAGCUGAGUUUUGUUUUGUAAA